CUGACCAGGCCCCGCGGGCUACGGAGCACGCGUGGACUCGAGCGGCGAGUGGAGUGAGGAUCCCGCGCCGACCCCGCGGGACUCUGCUCGUCUGCGUCUCCCGACACAGUCAGGGUAGCGGCUGUGGUCCUCGGGGCCGGGCGGAAGAGGUGUGAGAUGAGUGACUCCGAAGACGAGGGCCCCCCCCAGCUUUCUUCAUACGCCCUUGCAGCUCUGCAGGAAUUUUAUGCUGAGCAGCAGCAGCACCACCCUGACCUCCGUGGUGAUGACAAGUAUAACAUCGGGAUAAUAGAAGAGAACUGGCAGCUAAGCCAGUUCUGGUACAGCCCGGAGACGGCCCUGCGCCUUGCUGAGGACGCCGUGGCAGCUGCUGGGGAGGGCGGCAGAAUAGCGUGUGUGAGCGCCCCCAGCGUCUACCAGAAGCUGAGAGAGCGGCACAGAGACGCUGUCUCUGUCUGCAUCUUCGAGUACGACCGCAGGUUUGCCGCAUACGGAGAGGACUUUGUCUACUAUGACUACAAGAACCCUGUGGACUUACCUGAGAGGAUCGCCACACACAGCUUUGACAUCGUCGUGGCAGAUCCCCCCUAUCUUUCGGAGGAAUGUCUUAGGAAAAUGUCAGAAACCAUCAAGCUCCUGACUCGGGGCAAGAUCUUGCUGUGCACAGGUGCUGUCAUGGAGGAGGCGGCAGCAAAGCUGCUUGGAGUGAAGAUGUGCAAGUUUAUUCCAGAACACACUCGCACCCUGGGAAACGAGUUUCGCUGUUUCGUGAAUUAUGACUCCGGGCUAGACCGUGAUCUGUCAGUACAGCUCCCAGUGCAAGAAGGACCCAAGUGACGUUUCCUCUCUGAAAAACUACCACCUCCCCAGUCCUCAUUUUCGAGGUAAAGACAUUAUGAUUUCCUUAGGAUGUCCCUGGAGCUCAGGGUGCUUUUGCCGACUUGAGUCUGUGGAAUUAUAUCUGGAGGAACUUUUAAACCUCAUCUAGUCUGCUCUCCUCACUUAACACAGGUAAAGAGCAGUACACAGUGACCAAGACCUCAGCCCCUGGCUCUAACAGCCAGGGGGGUUGUAGUUGAAGAUGCAGUUUGUGUCCAGAAGAGGGAGGGCACAUGCCCAGUAAAUAUUUGUUAAAUGAAUUCCAUUUAGAGAGAAAGUGCAAAUAAAGGUUACCUUUCUGGACCUUGGCAGGGCAAGUCGAUUCUUCCAUUGGGAAUGUGCUGCCUGUUAACAGCUAAGAUGAGCUAAGCUGAUGAACACAGUUAAUGAACUACAGUAUUUUCCACAUGCAAUAAAUACAUUUACUCUCCUUUGGCCAGUGCUCUGAUGUUUGCACUAUUUAUACUUGCAGAGUGGCUGGAAAAUGUUACACAGUAGUGGCAAUGAUUGAAAUAAUUACCGAAGGUUUGAAAGGCAGUUUUUCUUUUUGUGUAUUUCUUCGUUGUUGACCUGAACCCUUCUGAAAGGUUCAGAUAUACCAGUAUAUCUAGUGGUGUAUUCCAGAUAUACCACCACUAGGCUUACCUUAUGUUGUUGUUUUCAGAGGUUGAGCAGGGAAGUAACGUUCACCCCAAGCUGUAUAGAACUACCCACAGGUUUCAGUUCUGAAUUUUUAUUUGGAAAAUAUGAAUUUUGCUCAGCACUGUUUUUCAUGUACAACCUCUGUCAAUAUAUAAUACAAACUGGAAGUUCUUAGUAAAGCUUCCAUUCAGAUCAAACCAAGGCUGAUGGUAAGUGGGGAAGAGAGCACAUAAACAGAGAGGCUGACUUCACAGUCUCUUAAAAACUUCAACCAUAAAAUUUUAAAACCUUAAACAUCGUUUCCUCUAAGAACUAGUUGAGCCCAUCAAAGCCGAGUCCAGCCCAUCACAGCCAGCAUGCCCUUCACCUACCUACAGAUGUUACAUAAAUCGAGUUAAGAAGGUCUCACGUUUACAAAUAGUUCUGGGGUUUAGCUGCAGUGCUAGAUGAGGCUCCACUCCUGCCUUCUGGAAACUGUAAGUCUGCCCACUUAAUAGCUCCUGAAGCCCUUAAAACUAGCCAGGUACCUGGGAAUCGGCACAGACCUCACAUACCACACUCUGACCUCACUGUCUCUUUUUCACAAACUGGCCCCUGACUUUGAAAAGUGAAAAACUUUCUACCUGUAUAAACCUGUGGUGAUUUAUAUCAUGAAUAAAGUGAGACUGGGGUGAGCUGAGCUGCCCAUAGGGAGGGCAGGUCCUGUCCAGGCGUGUCCACUGGUGACCAACCGAAGCAAAAGUCAGCCUACCUGAGCUUCUAAAAAUUCCUGCUGAGGAAGUGAAAACAAUGUUUAUGAAAUGUUUACAGGUCAGGUAAAAACAAUAUACUUGCUCAGAAUGGCUAAUAUGAAAAUACUUUGUUCCUGCCCCUAUUGAAAAAAUAGCUGAAUAAAUGGUUUACACUA